GCACCAGCAGCAACAUAAGCUUCAGAAGCCAUGGCGUCCAUGAACUUGUACUCUUUGGUGCUGCUGGUGGUUGCCCUGGUGUCAACGCCACUGGCUGUCGUGGCCGGCGACCCGGACAUUCUUACAGACUUCGUCAUGCCGAUGAUGUGGGGCAUGCCGAUGAACAUCACUGGCGACUACUUCACCUACACCGGCUUCGGUGGCUGGGAGUUGCCAGUGACGAGCUUCACGGUGCAGAAGGCCUCCAUGGUCGAGUUCCCUGCGCUCAACGGGCAGAGCGUGUCGUAUGCCAAGCUCAGGUUUCCGCCGGGCACCGUGAACCCGACGCACACCCACCCGCGCGCCUCUGAGCUGCUACUCGUCAUUGAGGGUACGCUCUCUGUCGGCUUUGUCGACACCGCCGGCAAGCUCUACACCAAGGACCUGGUUGCCGGAGACAUGUUCGUCUUCCCCAAGGGGUUGGUGCACUACCAGUCUAACCAUGGGUCCAACCUUGCGAUCGCGCUGUCAGCAUUCGGGAGUGCCAACGCGGGCACCGUGUCCGUUCCUGUCACGGUGUUCGGCACCGGCAUUGAUGAUGCCGUGCUCGCCAAGUCCUUCAAGACUGACCUGCCCACAGUGCUGAAGCUGAAGGCGGCGCUCACUCCGCCACCUAAGCAUUAAGUCCGUCGUGUCUCGCCGUUCUGUUGUGCUUUUGAAAUUUCCUCUUGUUGAAUAACGUAUACCUGCCUCACAAUGCAGGCAACAACUGCUUAAUGGUGGUAGAAAUUCGGUGGUGAAAUGAACUUCAAUGUAUGUUUGCAAUGUGCUCUUGAUUUGAAUUGGAUC